ACGAAAGAGAGUGUGUGAGUCGCGAACGCACACACGCGCUUUUUGUGCCAAAGGCGAGAGCAGUGCAGAGACACAGAGAGGGAAGGGCGCCGCCUCCGCCGAGUUGCUGUCCGCCCUCUGCGCACAGCGGCGUUGCGUUGUGUGUGUGUGUGUGCACGCCUUUCCUAUUCUACGAAUCAUCAAGUGCAGGAAUAGCCCUCUGUUGCUGCAAUACACAGCAGCACAGCAGGGCAGCUAGCCGUCGUUGGCUGCUUUUUUCCGCCAGCGCUACUAAGGGGUCGAUUUUGAAGGGACUAGCUGCUGCUGUUGGGGGCCAUCAGCUGCGCAACCCGCAAGGGAACGGCUCGCGCCGUAUCGGGGGGCACUUGAGGCGUGGGUUGCGGCAGCCGGAGAGAUACAACGCUCGCCGACCAGCCCUGCGGAUAGCGAACGGAUAGCGAGCGAGCUCCACGUUUUCGGGGACGAGCGAGAGAAAGGGGGCGGGAGAGGGAUAGCGACCUUCACUCGGGCUGUGUAGGCGUUUGCUUGGCCCACGCAAGAGGGAGAGAGGGCCGGCCACCUAGAGGAAGGAAGAAGCAACAAACACCAAGGGCCGGAGCGAGUCCUUGGACGGGAAUAGACUCGCGGCGCUGUGAAGUGCAGCAGGCCUUAGUUGGAGAGAGGGAGAACAAGCGUAGCGGCUGUAUUGCUUCUCUGUUUAUUUACAGUCUUCGGGAGCGGCGUUGGAGUCGUCCGGAGGCUCGUACUGAAAAACGAGGGGCGGUUUUGGCCGAUAGCUGAUGGUGUCACAAGGCCCGGAGGGAAUCAGCAACAGCAAGAGCGUUCAACAAAGGGCCUCUAUGGCUUCGGGAGAGAGAGGGCAGGUGCGGGAAGUCCCCUUGUUAAAGGAUGUCAGUUUGGCGAAGAGGGAAGCCUUGUUCGUGCAGAAGGUGGAGCUGUGCACGGUGGUGUACCGAUUCGACAACGAGAUGACCAUGGGCAACAACAUCGAUGCGACGGAAACCCGGGGGAAGGAGCUCAAGCGACAAACGCUGAUGGAGCUGUUGGAUUUCGUCAACACGCAGCCGGGGGAGAAGAUGCUUACGGAGUCGUUGUAUCCGUGCAUCAUGCAGAUGGUGUCGGCGAACGUGUGUCGAGCGUUGCCCCCGGCAACCGACGACUUCGAUCCUGAGGAGGACGAGCCUGUCUUGGAACCCUCGUGGCCGCAUUUACAGUUGGUGUACGAGUUCUUUCUUCGGUUCGUUGUUUCGACCGAGGUCAACGCUAAGGUGGCCAAGAAGUACAUCGACCACAAGUUCUGCUUCCAGCUCAUAGAACUCUUUGACAGCGAGGACCCCCGCGAGAGAGACUACCUUAAGACUAUCCUCCACCGAAUCUACGGGAAGUUCAUGAACCACCGCUCACACAUCCGGAAAACGAUCGGGAACGUCUUCUUCCGGUUCGUGUACGAAACGGAACGUCACAACGGCAUCGGGGAACUGCUAGAGAUCUUGGGUUCGAUCAUCAACGGGUUCGCGAUCCCAUUGAAGAAGGAGCACCUGCUCUUCCUCCAGAAGGCGCUCAUCCCCCUGCACAAGCCCAAGUGCGUCUCCCUCUACCAUCAGCAGCUGAGCUACUGCAUCGUGCAGUACGUCGAGAAGGAUCCAGAGACGGUCAUGCCGGUGCUAAGGGGACUGAUCCGGUUCUGGCCAUGGAGUUGUUCGUCGAAGCAAGUGCUGUUCCUCAACGAGCUCGAGGACGUGUUGGAGCUACUCAUGGAUGAACAGCUUCAGCAGGUGCACGACAAGCUUUUCCACCUCCUGGCGCAAUGCCUCGCAAGCCAACACUUCCAGGUGGCAGAACGGACGUUGUUUUUGUGGAAUAACGAGCACUUGGUGAGCAAGGGCUGCUUCAGCAGGGGAUACACACACUCAAUACUGCCAGUCAUCUACGGCCCCCUCCACAAGCACUCGCUGGGGCACUGGAACAACACCGUGGAGGGCUUGGCGCAGAACGUGCUCAAGAUGUACAUGGAGUUCGACAUACAUCUCUACGAUAGGGUGCUGUCGGAACACCUUAAGCUCGAGGCGGAGGCGGCGCAAAGGAAGGAGGAUGCCUGCAAGAAAUGGGCGGUGCUGGAAGAAAAGGCUCUUUCAAAGUGAAAGGACGCCCCUCCCUCUUGUACAAGGCCCAACACCCCGCCACCGGUACCAUUUGUGUGUCCCCCCAUGACGAAAGAGUGCACCAUGGGGCUGUGGUUUUAUUUAUUGUGCAUGCUGAUGCCUGGCUCCUUUUUGAUGGUUGAAUCCGGUGCGUUUGUUGGAAUCUAUCUCUCCCGCCGGAGGUUGGUUGCUUCUUCCCCACGGUUGUACCCACAUGGCACGGCUUAGUACGAUUUCCUCGCGAUUUGCUGCUUGUCCGAGCGCCGGGAAUCACCGGCUGCGGGCCCCCCGCUUGCGUCAAGAAAGUGCCUAAGAUACGGGAGAAUUCCGGCGAAAGCUGGAGGAGUCAGGUCUCGAGAGCGAGGGAGGGGGCUAGAGCGGCGAUGGUGGCCUUGGAACCGACGCCCUUUCAGCGUCGACGUUGUUGGCUGAAAGCUCUUGCACGGUCGAUGCUGUUGGCGAAAAACAAUCUCUCUUCUCAUCAUCAUCAUCAUCACACGGCGGUUGCAUGGACCCGUGCCAUAGUGUAUUUGUGGGUAUUCUAGAAAACGUGUCGAUUGCGGGCGCGCGCGCUUUAGGAUCUACGUAGAACCGAGCAACGGACCCUCCCCCCUGUAGCGGCGGUUGAGCAUCGGCGGCGCCCCCAACAAUACCGGCGGUGGUGGUCACGAGGAGGCCCAUGGCUGUUGGUUGACCGCUGCUCUUGCUGCUAGUAUAUGUGUGAUCAACCGCAGGCCAAAAUAGAUCGACAGUUGAGUCUCGGCUGGGCUUUGCCCGAUCGGGGGCUGGUCGACCUUUUUCGGACUGUUGGGGCAGAUGACCGUUGGGCAGACGAUCGGUUGUUUUGUCCGUUGGCAAGUAAAUCCAGACAAGCGCUCUUUCCCCGCUGUCGCACUGCUGUAUUGGCGGUUUUGGCGAGCAAGCGUUGGACCCGUAAGCUGGUUGUCCGCUCGCCAAUGCAAUGGAUGCCACUUUGAGCACUGAUCAGAUGAAAGUGGAUGGACUGAUUGGGAGGGGGGGGUGGGGGGGGCUUUCUGGAAGGGGGUAGACAGAUUGUUGUGUCGUUGUUUUCGUUGGUUGUUUCUGUUUCGACCGUCAUCGUCGUCGCUGUCAUCAUGGUCGUCGUGGUUGCGAGAUAGAAGAAGCGAAGGUAGAGGCUCGUUAUAUCUACGACACGAUGUGUGGAGUGUGGGUCGGGAAUAGGAAGGCAAGGUUGCGUCUGAACUCGAAUGGAUGGUUGUUCGACAGACGUGCGGAUAAAGAAAGUUCUUGGUUUGCUUGUCGUCGUCGUCCUGACCGAUCGAUCGUUUUUGGCUGUGUUGUUUUUGGUUUGCGGAUGUGUAAUUCGCGAUGGAGUCCGGUGAUAUUUCCAUCGCGGCGAGAAUAAUAAUAUGAAGCAAGUGAGCAAGAGAGGAGCAAGCAGGGGAAGGGAGGGGGGGGGGCGACGCCGGCGUUUGCCGACCCCCCGCCCCCCUCUUCCCAUUACCUUGGAAACACAACCAACAAUAAAUCUGGCGGCCCACAGUUGCGUUGGUGUCGUUGUUGUGUGCGACGCUCGUGAAAUCGGCGAAUAUACAUAGAGAAAGUUACGAUCGGGUCUAGGAUUUAGUUUCAUGGUCGAUGAUGAUACAAAACCAAGAGUCGUUUUUCUUCGUCUUUCCUGCCAUCUUUUUGGCGCCCAAAAUAACCGACGUACUUCGCCGUUUGGACAACAUGCGUGUUCUUUCUCGGAAGGGGGCCAGGGGUGGGGAGUGUGCAAGGAAGCGUUUGUACAAAAUCUUGCUCCGAGUUGUGGGGGUCCCCCUCCUCCCUACUGUAGGCCUACGUACCCGUCCAACAAUCACGGGUGCUUGGUGCUGUGGACCCCGACAAAAUACUGCUCUUGUCGGGGUUUUGGGAACCGUUCGCGGAACGAACGUUCGAUAGAAAACCUGGUCCCUGGAGGGGGUGACCCGUAUACGACAACGACUCUUGGAGGUAACAAAGCCAAGUUCGAAUUUGCUUCUUCGUUCUCUUGAAGGAGGACCGUUCGUUGGUGCUUGCUUGUCGAAUUCGUUUUCCUCGUUGUGGAAUUUCUUGUUCAAAUUGGCACUGCUCUUUGUUGCUGUUUUUGUUGUUGGGAUUCUAUCAUUGGUGCGGCUUGUUCGAAAGAGCGGGGGGCGGGGGCGGGGUGUGUGGGAGGGCUCCUUCCCACGCCACGUUGUACACGUACAAGUACAGAGUUGUUGGCUUUCUGAGAGGAGACGUGAUGGAUGACCAUAAUGAUGCAAUCAAUGUUGUGGACGUUUUUUCGAUGAUUUUUUAUGAUUGAUUUGGUUUCGGGGUUCGGGUCUUUGAAUGUUACUGUCCGGUUUUAGCUGUUUUUUCACGAAAUAGAUGAGGAGUUGGGCGCGGGGGGGGGUCGAUUGGGGUGGUGGUGGUGGGGGGUCGUGCUGGACUUCAGGCAUCGUGCCCAUGGGUAUUGAUAGAUCAAAUCGAUCGAUUAAUGGGCUAGUUUAUGAUGCUGAUUUGAGAGCUACAGCAGUAGAUGAAUACCCGACGAAUUUUAACUGCGUCCUUGAAAUUUACUCUUUAGCUUUUUGCCUGCUUGCAGCCUCCGCCAAACAACGAGCGUUUACGAUCCUCUGCGUUGGUGGUGAUGGCGGUGAUGGUGGGACCCUUCUCCUCCCCCCGGGCUGGUAGAGGUGGACAAUGG